AUGGCAUCCGGAGACGUUGUGUUGUUGACCGGUGCCACCGGCCACCUUGGCUGGGCCAUUCUUCAGUGCCUACUCCGUCAAGGAUAUCAUGUUCGGUGCGCUGUCCGAAAAGCAGAGGACGAACACACAAUCCGAGCCCGACCCACACUACACCGCCUCAAUGCCGCUUCGAAACUCUCCUUUAUCGUUGUGCCAGACAUCACGACAGCAGGUGCAUUCGUAGCGGCCGCCGAAGAUGUCGCCUAUAUCAUCCACACAGCGUCUCCUCUACCAAGCAAGUCAGGUCGUUGGAUCGCCGCAGAUGACGCCCGAGAGACUUUCAUCAAGCCUGCUGAAGCCGGAACACUCAACGUUCUCGAAGCGGCGGAGCAAAGCGGGACGGUAAGACGUGUUGUCUUCACCAGUUCCAUUGCCGCCAUUGUUCCGAUUUUACAAAUGGAGGGCAAAGAGAGGAGAGAACAGCCCGUGCUUCCCGAAGACCGGAUACCCGUCGACCCAGGGCCAUACGAAUCCGAGUUUGCCGCCUACGCAGCCUCCAAGUGUCGAGCGCUUGAAGUGGCCGAGGAGUACAUGGCGAACGAGCGGCCAUUCUUUGACGCCGUGUACAUACACCCGGGCUUCGUGCUGGGGGCAAACACGGCAGCGACAACGGAGAGACAGGCGAUGAAGGGCACAAACUCCAUGUUGGCAGCCCUACUCCUAGGCCAUGGCCAGGGGGUAUACGCAGGGGUGUCGGUGCAUGUCGAGGACGUGGCACGAGUCCAUGUCGAGGCUCUAAGUCCCUACAUUCUUGGGGAUCAGAGCUUCAUCUUGGGCGAGCAAGUGCGGUGGACCGAUGCCAUCGACGUUGCCGAGGAAGAGUUCCCAGAGCUUUUCGCGAGCAAGCUGUUGACGACCAGCGGAUACUACCAGACAGUCAGCAUACCAAUCAACACCAGCCUAACGAGAGACACAUUUGGAAUGGAGUUCAUCAGCUUUGCCGACCAGGUGAAGAGCGUGGUCCAGCACUGGGCCAAAGUACGGCAGCCUCAAGUGGUGCCAUCUUCAACUGCUUCAAGUCCUCCAAUAGAAGCACUGGACUGGGAGAGCGCAGAGACGGCCGCGGACGGGACGCCAAUUGCGUACAGUCCAAGCAGCAAAUCCGAGUUGGGCAUCCCAGACGUGCAUCUUACCCAUCUUUCUCUGCCGAAAGAGUACGCGGGGUUGGAGGAGCACGACUACGGCACAGCAGAGGUCAUACCACCACCGUCCACGGAAGAAGAGACAUGGGAGGGCAUCAUCCAGCGGCACAUCAUUCCUUCGGAGGCUUUUCCUUCUUCGGGAGACAGCGGCGGCAGCAACUGGUCGACGGCGUCGGAUCACACUGAAGGGGUCACUCCCAGUGCAUCGGGUGACGAGGAAGGGCCGGCAAUUUAUUACGAUUCAGAUGCUGAAGAUGAUUCGAGGAUGCAUGUCGACGGUGGUAUUCUUCAAAUUGCGCAGGAAGCCAAAAUGCCCCCUUCAAGGCAGGGAAGCGGCGUGGAGAUGACAAGUCGUGGUGAGGAGCCAUCAUGUUGGAGAAGAGUUGAAGACAAUUGA